AUGCCGCCGUCCCACAACGUCUCUGGUGCGGACACGAGUAAAAGGGGCCCGCAGCCGACCUCGCCCCCGGCCAGGCGGACGAGGCGGGCCCGUCAGCGCCUGGAUCCCCGUGACACGCACGGCCCCGAUGCGCGGUCAUGCCCCCAUUGCGGCCGGACCUUCAAGCGUACCGAACACCUGGAGCGUCACAUACGCACUCAUACCAAGGAGAAGCCCUUUGUCUGCCCGGGCCGGUGCGGGGCCGCCUUUGCCCGGCGUGACCUCCUGACCCGCCACCAGCGCAUUUCCCUCCACCAACAUGUCUCCCAGUCUCCGGAGGGACUCUCGGAGCCCGACCCGGGGGACCAGCACCACGGCCCAGUCGAGGCUGAUCUGGCCGCCGCCGUGUCCCUGUCGGGCAUGAGCAUGCAGCAGCAGCAUUGGCCACACCAGCAGCUCGAGCCGCCACCGCACCCUGACCUGUACCCCGUGGCUGUCUCGGCCAACAGCCCCCUCCAAGUUGACAACGGCCCGUACCAGCAAGGCCUCCUGGUGGAGCCCUUCCAAGAUGCCGUUGGCUUCGACAUCCAUUUCCGAGAGUUUGCCAGCUUCCUCGACGGCGUCGGGCUCCCAGCAGAGUGGAGCCCCUACUUCCAUCGCCCUGACCGGGACGACGAGGUUAUUGACCCGGCUAUAAGGGACUCGAGAGGCGGCUCUGCCACCCCCGCGCCCCGUCAUAGCAGAACUCGACCCGGGACGCCCUUCAGCUCUUGGCUGCCCUCAGCACCCACCGGCAACCGCAUAUCCGACGCCCUGCCCGAAGCAACGCCUCGUCCUGUUGAGACCGAUUCCCAACCAUACCGCGUCUUGGAGGACCAGCGUCUUCACCUCAACGCUUCGAUUGAGACGUUUCGCGACCUUCUCGAUCCAAGCUUCAAGCUCCCUUCCCGCCAUGCCCUCAGUCGAUAUAUGACCUCCUUCUUCUCUGGCUUCCACUCGCACAUGCCCUUUAUCCACACACCGACGUGGCGGAUAUCUGAGCACUCGAUCGAGCUGGUGCUCGGACUGGCAGCGAUCGGGGCGCAGUACUGCUUUGAGCAUCGCAUGUCCGAAAAGUUAUUUCACGCUGGCAGGGCCAUACUUAUGCGGAGACUUGCACGGGUGUCCGACAGAUUCGGCCCCAAGACUGCUGCUUUUCUCAAUCUUCACACCCUUUCUCCGCAGAAUGGCGAGUCAAGGCCCGUCCAAGAGAGGGAAUGGGGUCCUUGGGAACCCAUAGAGACUGUCCGUGCCCUGAUAGCCCUGAUGGGCUAUGCCACCUGGGAGCCCAGCGCCCAUCUCGUACAGGAGGCUUUUGCCCUCCAGGCUCUGCUGGCACAGGUCCUCCGUGAGAUAGGUCUUCACGAGGAUGACCUCCCGCACAUUUCCGCGGAGCAGCCCACGCCGCAGGCCGCCUGGCACGCUUGGGUGGAGCAAGAGUCGGUGCGACGGGCUAAGCUGAUCGCCUUCUCGUUCAUGCACACCCACAGCAUCGCAUACAAUCUGUACCCCACGCUGCGCAGCCACGAGGUAGGCCUUAGACUACCCUGCUCGACGGGAGAAUGGAAGGCUCAGACUGCCUGCCAGUGGCAGGAGGCCCGGCGCCAAAUAGGGAAACAACAGCUCUUCUUCCAAGAUGCAUUGUCUCUGCUGCUACGGAACACCGACGGUACGGCGGUCCUCGACCCGAUUCCGACCCCACUCGGGAACUAUCUGCUCCUGCAUGGACUGCUACAGAGGAUCUAUAUUGUCCGUGACCUCUCGCUGCCCGUUAUAGACCACUCAGCCUCCCUUCCAAGCGAAGAGGUUGAUAAGCUCGAGCGUGGCCUCCGUUCUUGGACCGCUGGUUGGCAACAGGCACCGGAAUCAAGCCUCGACCCAAAUAACGAGAACGGGCCAAUCCCCUUCACGUCAAGCUCGCUGCUUGGUCUCGCCUAUGCCCGCAUUUAUCUUCACCUUGGACCAUACCGACUGCUCGAAUCGCGGGACCCUGAUCUCAUUGCCAAGGCCAUCAGCCGGUCACCACCAGUGGAACGUGGUGGCGGCGUCGUUACCGCGCUUCUGUACGCGGCUCACAUGUUGAGUGUUCCUGUCAGGCUAGGUGUGGACCGCGUGGCUCGCAGCCAGGCAUUCUUUUGGAGUGUGCGGCACUCCCUUUCGGGCUUGGAGUGUGCCGUGCUCCUCAGCAAGUGGCUCUCGUCAAUCGCCAUGUCAGCCGUCACGACACCGUUGAGUGAUAGCGAGGACAGGAUUCUUCAUUGGGUUCGGUGUAUUGUGGAAGAGGCGUACGACGUCGUCGAUUUUGCAGACGAGACUGAUCUCCAAAAAGACCAAGGAUCUGCCUCGCUUAGCCUGGGUGUCCUCAAGAUCUGGGCCCAUUUCUUCAAGAGCAACGCCCAGUGGCCGUUUAUAAACAUCAUAGGCCAAAGCCUGGAGAAAUAUCGAGAGCUUCUUAUCAGAAGCCACGUGCCACAAGUUCGCUGA